AUGGAAGAGAAAAAUAACGAUGUGAAUAAUAAUAAUAAUAAUAAUAAUAAUAGUAAUAUUGUAAAAGAUAAUACAAACCAAGUUAACUCAAUGAGUGGUAUAGUUUUUAGUGCACCACUUAAAAGUAAUAAUAAUAAUUCGAAAUUAUCAACAUUAUCAAAAAGAAAAGAACCAGAGAAAAAGGAACCAAUAAAUUAUAUCACAACUUUGGAGGGUACUAAAGUAACUAGCCUUUAUAACGAUGAAACAUCAACAUUAGGUAGUUCAAAACUAAAGGUUAUACCAUUAACCGAGCAAUUAAAUGAAAACUAUGAAAACUCUGAUAAAAUAGUUGCACAAGUUGCAAAAGAAAUUAAAAAAGAAGAAAAAGAAAAUGAAAAAAAUGAAAACAAUAACGACGAUAGUAGUAAUAAAAAAUUAAGAACUGAAGAAAAAUUACAACCAUUUUAUAAAGCAUCACAAACAGGUUUACAAUUAAAUCCAAAUAGAAAACAAGAGAUUAAAUCAAUCGUGGAUGGCAAAAAUGAAAAUAGUGGUAGUAGCAGUGGUAUACCAUUAAUUAUGAAAUUAAAAGAUAUUGAUAAAUAUGAGAAUGAAACUGACAAAUUUAAACAUGAUGUUGAAUCAAGACCUGAUGAAUCAAAUUUAGAUGAUUACGAAGAGACACCAGUUUCAAUCAUAGGUGAAGCAUUACUAAGAGGUAUGGGAUGGGUACCUGGUAAAUCAAUUGGUUCAACGAAUAAAGGUUUAGUAGAACCAAUCGAAUAUAUUAAAAGACCUGGUUUUCGUUUAGGUUUAGGUGCAAAACCAAUGGACGACGAUGAUGAAAUUAGGAAAAUGGGUGGUCCCAUUGAAGAUGCUGAUGGUAAAGUUAGACAUGUAAAAGGUAUAAAUGAAAAAAUCGUAUCAAAUGUAAAAAAGAUGGAAGAGGGUUCUUUAGUAACUGUCAUUGGUGGUCCCCAUAAAGGUAUGAAUGCAAAAAUAGUUUCAAUGUUAAAAAAUGAUAAAGUUCAAAUUAUUUUCAAAUCUGAUGAAAAAGUUAUAGUUGAUAAAUUUGAUUUACAACUUUAUGAUAAAAAUUUAACAACAAAUAAUAAUAAUAACAAUAGUAAAUCAUCAAGUAGUAAAUCAUCAUCAUCCUCUUCUAGUUCAUCAUCUUAUUCAUCAUCAAGUAGUAAAUCAUCAUCAUCUACUUCAAGUUCUUCAUCUUAUUCAACAUCAAGUUCAUCAUCAUCAUCAUCAUCAAAUUCAGUUAUGUGGAUUAGACCACAAAUUUUAGUUAAAGUUAUUAGUAAAUCAUUGGGAGAUGGUAAAUAUUAUAAUAAAAAAGCUACAGUUUCAGAUAUUUUAGGAGAAAAGUUAUGUUCAUUACAUUUUGAUAAUGGAGUGGUCGUAGAGAAUGUUAAACAGAGUAUGUUAGAAACAGCAAUACCAAAAGUAAAGGGUGAUUUAAUUAUAGUUAGAGGAAAAUAUAAAGGAAAAAUAGGAACAUUAAUUGAAAGAAGAAGAAAUAAAAAAGAUAUUGAAAUGGCUAUAGUGCAAUUAGUUGGUGAUUUAUCAGUUUUAGAAUUUGAUUUAGAUGAUAUUUGCGAAUAUGUUGGGAGUAAAGAUAUUGAUUUAUAUAAUUAA